AACAAUGUCAGUCUUUAGCUGGUGCAAGGGCUGGGUUGUUCAAAACUCAGUUUACUUUCUGGUAUUGGGGCUUUCCUCCUCCUUCCCCGUAAUUCAAAUAAACAUGCAGUUCUCUCUUUAAAAGAAGAAAUGAGCUGAGGGAGCCUGUGUAGUUUUUCCUGUUCCUGUUCUUGUGAAAGCAGCUGAACAGUUUCUCUGAGGCCUCACUUUGCCAGCAGAAGCUCCAGAAGAGGGAAGCAGUCCUGCAGGCAGCUCCCAUUCAUUGCAGGGAAUGCAGUUGUAAACAAAGCAGUAAGAGCUCCAGAAGAGACAUUGGCUUCUUAUAUCCACCAUGAUUCUGGGCACAGCCAUCUGGAUCUGUCUCUCCUUCUACCUGGGUUCCACUCAACAUCUGAGAGGGCACAGCUGGGAGUGGACAACUGCCAGACCCAUUGUCCAUCAGGAACCAUUUGUUGUGGUGUGGAACUUGCCCACAACUAGAUGUGAAGAACGUUUUGGGAUUACUCUACCUCUUGGUGUCUACGGCAUUGUGGAGAACAAAGGCAAUCUGUUUCAGGGCCAGAACAUGACCAUUUUUUACAAAAACCAGUUUGGACUCUAUCCUUACAUCACCCCAGAAGGAGAAUGGCACAAUGGGGGGAUACCCCAGAAUGUCCGUCUGAAUGAACACCUUCAAAGAGCUUCAAAAGAAAUUAGAGAACUCUUGAAUCAUAGCUUCCACGGUCUGGCAGUAGUUGACUGGGAGGAAUGGCGCCCUCUUUGGAGACGGAACUGGGGGACCAAGAAAAUUUACAGGGAAGCCUCUGAACAACGUGUAGUGGAAAGGUUUCCUGGUCUGUCUGGCAAUGAACAAUCCUAUUUUGCUGAGCUGGAGUUUGAAGAGGCAGCUCGAGCACUCAUGGAGGCCACACUAGCGAUGGGGAGAGAACUGAGGCCACAGGGCCUCUGGGGCUUCUACCGAUUUCCUGACUGCUUCAAUGACAACUGGGAGAAAGAGGAUAACUACACAGCACAUUGUAACCCCAAGGAGGUUCAGAAUAAUGAUCUCCUCAUGUGGCUGUGGGAGGUUUCCUCAGCCCUCUACCCCAGCAUAUAUCUCCCUUUGAAGCUUCCAGAAUCUCACCACCAGAGAUACGUUCACCACCGCCUCAGAGAGGCAUUACGUGUGGCACAGUUUGGCCCCAAGCAUCCUCUCCCUGUGAUAGCCUAUUCCAGAGUUUCCUACAGACACUCAUCAAAGUAUCUUACCGAGGCUGACCUGGCCUAUACCAUUGGUGAGAGUGCCGCACUUGGAACUGCAGGAGUUGCUCUUUGGGGUGACCUCUCUUAUUCUAAUUCACCUGAGAGCUGCAGGAGCCUUCGUGACUACAUCAUCACCACCUUGGGGCCAUAUGUUGUCAAUGUAACCACAGCUGCCCACCUGUGCAGCCGCCAACUGUGCCAUGGGAAUGGACGAUGUGUGAGAAAGCAACCUUAUAAGCUGGGAACCUUCCUCCACCUGGAUCCUCAGCUGUGGGAAGGGGAGAGAGAUUUUCAGCACCAGGAAGUGUCUGCCUGGGAGCAGUUCCACUGCCUGUGCUAUCCUGAAUGGACUGGCAGCUGGUGUGAGAGACCACAGUGGACAGGCCCUAUCAAGGGACCAGAGUGCAACCAAGCUAUGCAGUAUUAUGAGGUCUAUGAUGCAGCACGUGGCAACCACGUUAUCAUGAGGUCAAACAUUUGUCCUCCUUCCGUUUAUGAUAAAAAGACAGAACUCCGAUAACUGUACCUACAGGGCACAAGCACUUUAAUGUUAGGACUACCUUGAUAUUGUUCCAGAGAAUUUUAUUUUCCCCUCAGCCAGGUGAUCCUUCCAUUGGCUGAGUGGAGAAUGACAUGUUUCCUGAGAUGUAGGAAAACAGUAAACAUGGGCCACUACACACACUUUCUGUCUCCUGUCCUUUCUGCUCAUGGUUAAAAUAAUCACAGAUGUCAGUUAGUGGUUUUAAAGAUGAAAACAUCUCAGGAGAUGUGCAUGUCCAGGAAGAGGCCGUAGCUCAGUGCCAGCCACAUGCUUUGCAUGUUGGGUGGCUUCAGAUUCAAUCCAGUUUGGAAUAUCAGAUGGCCAAUGUGGAGAAAGACUGCUGAAACACUAGAGAGCCUUUCCCCAGACUAGGCAAUUUAUGGCCUUGAUCAACUACUGUAAUCAACUGCUCGGUUAUAAGAUACCUUUCCUAUUUUUUAUUCAGAAUUAUGUGGAGCUGAGGAUUUACACGGGUGUUUCGAAACUAUGCAAUAAAACACAUCUAUUAAACUUAAAAGGA